AUGGCCACGUCGGCGCUGCAACAGACCACCAGCUUCCUAGGGCAGGCCCUGGUCUCCCGCCCCGCCGGCGUCGAUGCCGGCAGCCGCAUCACCAUGCGCCGCACCGUCAAGAGUGCUCCCCAGAGCAUCUGGUACGACCCUGACCGCCCCAAGUACCUUGCCCCGUUCUCCGAGCAGACGUCGUCGUACCUGACGGGCGAGUUCCCCGGCGACUACGGGUGGGACACCGCGGGGCUCUCCGCGGACCAUGAGACGUUCGCGCGCAACCGGGAGCUGGAGGUGAUCCACUCCUGGUGGGCGAUGCUAGGCGCGCUGGGGUGCGUGUUCCCGGAGGUCCUGGCGAAGAACGACGUCAAGUUCGGUGAGGUCGUGUGGUUCAAGGCCGGCGCGCAGAUCUUCUCGGAGGGCGGACUAGACUACCUGGGGAACCCGAACCUGGUGCACGCAUAGAGCAUCCUGGCCAUCUGGGUGUGCCAGGUGGUGCUCAUGGGCUUCGUCGAGGGCUACCGCGUCGGCGGCGGCCCGCUCGGGGAAGGGCUUGACAAGGUGUACCCCGGCGGCGCCAUCGACCCGCUGGGCCUCGCCGACGACCUGGACACCACCGCCAAGCUCAAGGUGAAGGAGCUCAAGAACGGCCGCCUCGCCAUGUUCUCCAUGUUCAGGUUCUUCGUACAACGCCUCGUCAUCGGCAAGGAUCCCAUCGAAAACCUUUUCGACCACGUCGCCGACCCCGUCGCCAACAACGCCUGGGCCUACGCCACCAACUUCGUCCCCGAUGGGGAGGUCAUUGACAGGAUCAAUCUGGACAACAGGAGGCAUCUAUUCGGGAGGCAGGUUCCUGCUUGUGACUUCGUGUUGGACCAUCAGUCUGUGUCGCGUCAGCAUGCUGCUGUUAUUCCACACAGGAAUGGAAGCAUCUAUGUUAUCGACUUAGGAUCGGUUCAUGGCACCUUUGUUGCGAAUGAGAGAUUAACAAAAGACAACCCAGUUGAACUUGAAGUUGGUCAGUCACUUCGCUUUGCUGCAUCUACCAGAACCUAUAUCCUGCGAAAGAACGCAGCUGCUCUAUUCCCAACUCCUAGCCUUCCAUCGGAUGUUAGUUUGCCAUCUCCUCCGGACCCCAAUGAUGAAGAUGCUGUUGUGGCAUACAAUACAGUACUUAACCGAUAUGGUAUAAGUAAAUCUGACAUAUUAUCCAGUUCCAAAGAUUCUUCAGGAGGCGCCUCUAGUGCAAAUGAUGGUAAACAUGCAGUUGAAAGGCUCUUAAAGAGAGGUAAAAAGCGCAGAGUGUCAUUUAGAGAUCAGGUUGGUGGAGAACUUAUCCAAGUGGUUGGGAUUUCAGAUGGUGCAGAUGUUGAAACUGAACCGGGCCCCAUAGGUGUAAAGGAAGGCAGUCUUGUUGGGAAGUAUGAAUCUCUUGUACAGGUUACUGUCAUACCAAAGGGAAAGGAGCAAGCAUCACGAAAAGAAUGUACCUCUACCUCACCGAGUGGGGUAACAGAUAAGCUACAAGAGGUGCUUAAAAAAGUAAAGAGCGCAACAAGACCUGGAAUCUACGAUGACCUUUAUGGGGAUUCUGUUCCAGCAAAAGUGGGCUCAUCUUGGGCAUACAAAUCAGAUGAUCAACCUGUUGAGGAGAAGACGCGUGGCAUGAAUUUAAACAUGAAUUCAGCCGAUGACAGUGACGACUUGUUUGGUGACUAGUGAUUCAGAAUUGUCAGUGGAUACAAAAAAAUAUAUAUUCUUCAGAAUUUUGUGGCAGGGUUGUUUCAUUUGCUAGAUGCUUUUUUUUUCUUAGUUUAUACAUGAUUGUACCCUGCUGCAAAUCAAGGUAUGUUCUUUUGCCUAAUGUUAGCAACCUAAGGACAUGCUUUCUUGUAGUGAUGCUCUUGGUGAGUUUAACCUUGUUUGCCCCUAUUUUUUCUUAAUCACUUUGGUGAUUUUUUACCUCCGCUGUUUCCUUUAGCCAACCAGCUGUUAUAAGUC